CUGGGUCUUGUAGUUCUUGACCGCAGCAGAAUGGAGUUGUGUUGCACCCUUAAAACACAAUUUCCCAUAAGCCCUUCGUAGCCUUCUCUUUUACGGAGUCAUUCGGCAAGCCGAAAAGAGACGAACAUAGGGGCGAUGGACCGCUUCUGGACUCUAUGAGGAGUCGAAUCAUAACUUUCUCAUACAGAAGACGCAAAACGUGAAGAUACAGCGGGCAAUUUUGCUCCAACUACAUUCGGGAGAGGUGGUGGAGUGGUUGCCAUGGUGGAUAAAAUGUCAAGUUUCCUUCACAUUGGGGACGUGUGCUCCCUUUACGCAGAAGGCUCUACCAGUGGCUUCAUAAGCACACUGGGGUUGGUUGAUGACCGAUGUGUCGUCCAGCCAGACACAGGGGACCUGAACAACCCACCCAAGAAAUUCAGGGACUGUCUGUUCAGACUCUGUCCCAUGAACAGAUACUCAGCACAGAAACAGUUCUGGAAAGCUGCCAAACCUGGUGGAACCAGCACCACAGAAACAGUUCUGCUCAACAAACUCCAUCAUGCUGCUGAUUUAGAGAAGAAACAAAAUGAAUCCGAGAACAAAAAGCUUUUAGGCACAGUUAUUCAGUAUGGCAAUGUCAUCCAGCUCCUCCAUCUUAAGAGUAAUAAGUAUCUAACAGUGAAUAAGCGUUUGCCGGCUCUCCUUGAGAAGAAUGCCAUGCGUGUGACUCUGGAUGCUGCUGGAAACGAAGGCUCCUGGUUCUACAUCCAGCCCUUCUACAAGCUCCGCUCCAUAGGAGACAAUGUGGUCAUUGGAGAUAAGGUUGUGUUAAACCCUGUCAAUGCUGGACAACCACUUCAUGCCAGUAGCCAUCAGCUUGUAGACAAUCCAGGAUGCAAUGAGGUAAAUUCAGUGAACUGCACCACCAGUUGGAAAAUAGUUCUCUUCAUGAAAUGGAGUGACAACCAGGAGGUUGUCUUGAAAGGUGGUGACGUGGUGAGGCUGUUUCAUGCCGAGCAGGAGAAAUUUCUAACAUGCGAUGAACACAGAAAAAAACAGUAUGUCUUCCUGCGCACAACCGGGCGGCAGUCCGCCACCUCUGCCACAAGCAGCAAAGCACUCUGGGAGGUGGAGGUUGUUCAGCAUGAUCCCUGCAGAGGGGGGGCAGGCUACUGGAACAGCCUCUUCAGGUUCAAGCACCUGGCGACCGGCCAUUACCUUGCUGCAGAGGUAAAUCCAGACUAUGAGGAAGAAUGCCUGGAGUCCCGUUCCUCUCUGGACUCCGAGCAGGAAGUGAUGCGGGCACGGGCACGUGCACGUAACCCGCAGGAUAAGGUCAUGUACACAUUGGUGUCUGUUCCUGAUGGCAAUGACAUCUCAUCCAUCUUUGAGCUCGACCCCACCACAUUGCGAGGGGGAGACUCACUUGUGCCGAGAAACUCAUACGUGAGGCUCAGACAUCUCUGCACCAAUACAUGGGUCCACAGCACUAACCAGCCAAUAGAUAAAGACGAAGAGAAGCCAGUCAUGCUAAGAAUAGGAACUUCUCCUUUGAAAGAAGAUAAAGAGGCCUUUGCUAUAGUGCCAGUUUCUCCAGCAGAGGUCAGAGAUCUGGAUUUUGCCAAUGAUGCCAGUAAAGUGUUGGCUUCCAUUGCAGCUAAACUUGAGAAGGGGACCAUCACCCAGAAUGAGAGGAGGUCAGUGACGAAGUUGCUGGAGGAUCUUGUGUAUUUUGUGGUGGACAUUCCCAGCAGUGCUCAAGAUGUGCUGGAGAUCACAGUCAACAAACCCAACAGAGAGCGACAAAAACUUAUGAGAGAGCAGAACAUACUAAAACAGAUAUUCAAGCUGUUGCAGGCCCCUUUCACAGAUAGUGGCGAUGGUCCUAUGCUGCGAUUGGACGAGCUUGCGGAUCAACGCCAUGCCCCCUUUCGUCACAUCUGUCGCCUUUGCUACCGAGUCCUGCGUCAUUCACAGCAGGACUAUCGCAAAAAUCAGGAGUACAUAGCAAAGCAGUUCCGCUUUAUGCAGAAGCAGAUUGGAUAUGAUGUGCUUGCUGAAGACACCAUCACAGCCCUGCUGCACAACAACAGAAAGCUACUGGAGAAGCACAUCACAGCAGCUGAGAUAGACACAUUUGUGAGCCUGGUUCGAAAGAACAGAGAGCCAAGAUUUCUGGACUACUUGUCUGAUCUUUGUGUGUCCAUGAAUAAGUCCAUCCCUGUUACUCAAGAGCUCAUCUGUAAUGCUGUGCUGGAUCAAGCCAAUGCAGACAUCCUCAUUGACACCAAGCUUGUGCUGUCACGGUUUGAAGUGGCAGGGGCAGUCCUCGGAGAGAACGCUGAAGAAGAGGAGGAAGAUGAAGAGGAGGUUUGGUUGUUCUGGAAAGACAGCAGAGGAGAGGUGAAGAGCAAGAGUAUUAGAGAACUUGCACAGGAUGCCAAAGAUGGACUUAAGGAAGACCACGAAGUUAUCAAUUAUUAUAGGUAUCAACUCAAUUUAUUUGCUCGGAUGUGUCUGGAUCGACAGUAUCUGGCCAUCAACAAGAUUUCAGCACAGCUGGAUGUGGACUUAAUCCUGCGCUGCAUGUCAGAUGAGGAUUUGCCCUUUGACCUCAGGGCAUCUUUUUGUCGCUUGAUGUUACACAUGCAUGUAGACCGUGAUCCUCAGGAGCAGGUGACACCUGUGAAAUACGCUCGACUGUGGUCUGAAAUCCCUUCACAAAUUGCCAUUGAUGAUUAUGAUAAUGACGGGACGUCACGUGAUGAGGUAAAGGAGCGGUUCUCUCAGACGAUGGAGUUUGUGGAGAAUUACCUACGGGAUGUUGUCUGCCAGAGUUUCCCGUUCUUAGACAAAGAGAAAAACAAGCUUACUUUUGAGGUGGUAAAUCUGGCAAGAAACCUGAUUUAUUUUGGUUUCUAUAACUUCAGUGAUCUACUGAGGUUGACAAAAAUCCUGCUAGCCAUCCUGGAUUGUGUCCAUAUCAGCACUCCAUUUCCCAUCAAGCUGGACAGAGAACCUGGCAAAGGGAGUAAUGUGAUGAGAUCUAUCCACGGGGUGGGAGAGCUGAUGACUCAGGUGGUGUUGAGGGGCGGAGGGUUUCUUCCGGCUACAAAUCACAACCCUCCUGGCAGAGGUGAAGCUAAGAGCCAAACUGAACCUCAGAAACAAGACAUACUGGUGAUGGACACAAAACUCAAGAUCAUCGAAAUACUGCAGUUUAUUUUGAAUGUACGCUUGGACUACAGGAUCUCCUGUCUGUUGUGCAUCUUUAAGACAGAGUUUGAUGAGAGCACAUCUCAAACAGAGCCAUGUAUAAACCAAGACUCUCCUGCCAGUGUUCAAGGGGCGCUGGACUUUGAGCAUAUCGAGGAGCAGGCAGAGGGGAUUUUCGGAGGAAGUGAGGAGAACACUCCGUUAGAUCUUGAUGAUCACGGUGGCCGUACGUUUUUGAGAGUCCUGCUUCACCUCACCAUGCACGAUUAUCCACCGCUGGUGUCACGAGCUCUACAUCUCCUGUUCCGACACUUCAGCCAACGCCAGGAGGUCUUACAGGCCUUCAAGCAGGUUCAACUGUUGGUGACAAGUCAAGAUGUGGAGAACUAUAAGCAGAUCAAAUCAGAUCUGGACCAGCUGAGGUCUAUAGUAGAGAAGUCAGAGCUGUGGGUGUAUAAAAGACAGGGCUCAGAUUCAGGAAUGGACGCCGGGAACGUCACCAAUGAAUCUCACCACAAGGGGGAAAGGAACUCCAGUAAAUCAGACAAACCCAAAGUAGAGAGCACCAGCAGCACAAACUACAGAGUUGUGAAAGAGAUCUUGCUGAGGCUCAGUAAAUUGUGUGUCUUGGAGGGAAUCUCGGGAAAGAAGAACAAGAAACAACAGCAGCGGCUUCUUAGAAACAUGGGAGCUCACAGUGUCGUUCUGGAACUUCUCCAGAUCCCUUAUGAGAAGGGGGAAGAUGUUCAGAUGCAGGAGAUAAUGACUUUAGCCCAUCAGUUCCUCCAGAACUUCUGUGCUGGAAACCAGCAGAACCAAGCGCUGCUACACAAACACAUUAACCUGUUCCUCAACCCUGGGAUUCUGGAGGCAGUCACCAUGCAGCACAUCUUCAUGAAUAAUUUCCAGCUGUGCAGUGAGAUUAAUGAACGUGUGGUGCAGCAUUUUGUGCACUGCAUCGAAACGCAUGGCCGCAGCGUCCACUACCUCAAGUUCCUGCAAACCAUCGUGAAGGCUGAAAACAAAUUCAUCAAGAAAUGCCAAGACAUUGUCAUGGCUGAGCUGGUGACGGCAGGUGAGGAUGUGCUAGUCUUCUAUAAUGAUCGAGCGUCUUUUCAGUCAUUGGUUCAAAUGAUGAGGCUUGAAAGGGAGCGGCUUGAUGAAAACAGUGCGCUCAGGUAUCAUAUCCACUUAGUGGAGCUGCUGGCUGUUUGCACUGAAGGAAAAAACGUCUACACUGAGAUCAAGUGUAACUCACUGCUCCCCCUUGAUGAUAUUGUACGUGUUGUCACACAUGAGGACUGCAUUCCUGAGGUGAAGGUGGCCUAUGUGAACUUCCUGAACCACUGUUAUGUGGAUACAGAGGUAGAAAUGAAGGAAAUCUACACCAGCAAUCACAUGUGGAAACUCUUUGAUGAUUUCCUGGUGGACAUCUGCAGAGUUUGCAAUAGCACGAGUGACCGUAAGCACGCAGACACGGUUUUGGAGCGUUAUGUAACAGAAACCAUCAUGAGCAUUGUCACAACCUUCUUCAGCUCACCGUUCUCAGACCAGAGCACAAGCUUGCAGACUCGGCAGCCCGUGUUUGUGCAGCUGCUGCAGGGAGUGUUUCGUGUGUAUCACUGCAACUGGCUGCUCCCGAGUCAGAAAGGAAACGUGGAGGCCUGCAUCAAAGUGCUGAGUGACGUCGCUAAAGGAAGGGCAAUAGCCAUUCCGGUGGAUCUGGACUGUCAGGUGAAUAAUCUGUUCAUGAAGUCCAACAACAUAGUGCAAAAAACAGCCCUCAGUUGGAGACAGUCCGUCCGCAAUGCGACACAACGAGAUUCUGUCCUGACCACCUCCAGAGACUACCGCAACAUCAUCGAAAGACUUCAGGAUAUUGUGUCUGCUCUGGAGGAACGGUUGAGGCCUCUGGUUCAGGCUGAGCUGUCUGUGCUGGUGGAUGUUCUUCAUCGUCCAGAACUGCUGUUCCCUGAGCACACUGAAGCUCACCGCAAGUGUGAGAGUGGAGGAUUUAUCUGCAAGUUGAUAAAACACACCAAGCAACUACUGGAGGAGAAUGAAGAAAGGCUUUGUAUCAAAGUCCUACAGACACUGAGAGAGAUGAUGACCAAAGACAGAGGAUACGGGGAGAAGCUCAUGGGAUUUGAUGAUGAGAUGGAUGUCACGGAGGUGGUGGAUGACAGUCUGCCACCCAAACAGCUGGAAGAACGGAGGAGGGGCGAAGCAUUGCGGCAGCUGCUUGUCAAUCGUUACUAUGGCUUCAAAAGUGGUGGCCGUAGGGAGAGUCUGACUUCCUUCUGUAACCCGGCCCUCACCCCUGUAGGACCAAUCAAGAACCAGCCUGGGGGUUUGAGCAGGGCUGAGAUGUCAUUGAUGGAGGUGCAGUGUCAUCUGGACCGUGAGGGGGCGUCUGACCUGGUCAUUGAUCUCAUAAUGAAUGCAACCAGUGACCGUGUCUUUCACGAGAGCAUCCUAUUGGCCAUAGCACUGCUGGAGGGUGGGAACACGACCAUACAGCAUUCCUUCUUCAAACGUUUAACAGAAGACAAAAAUUCAGAAAAGUUUUUUCGAGUUUUUUAUGAUCGAAUGAAAGCUGCUCAGGUGGAGAUCAAAGCCACGGUUACAGUCAACACCAGUGACCUUGGCAACAAACGUUGUGAUGACAAUGCUCCAGAUAAAGAUACCCCACAACGCCGAAGAGUAAAAGAUUCAGGUAUCGUGGUGACGGACGAUGCCUGUGAGCAGCUCUUGGAGGCAUCUGCUGUGACUAAAAAGGCCUUUAGUUCAUAUCGGCGAGAUGCUGAUCCUGAAGAGGCUUUUGCCACUACUGAUGGAGACAAAGGGGGCGGAGAUAAAGGAACAGAGCAGGGGGAGAUGAGCCCUGUCAUUCUCAUCAUGCAACCAAUCCUGCGCUUCUUACAGCUACUGUGUGAGAACCACAACCAAAAUCUGCAGAACUUUCUUCGUUGUCAGAACAAUAAGAACAACUAUAACCUGGUGUGUGAGACCUUGCAGUUUCUGGACUGUAUCUGUGGGAGCACAACAGGAGGUCUUGGGCUGUUAGGUCUCUAUAUAAACCAGCACAAUGUGGCUCUUAUUAAUCAAACUGUAGAGAGUCUCACUGAAUACUGUCAAGGACCCUGUCAUGAUAACCAGAAUUGCAUCGCCACUCAUGAGUCAAAUGGCAUAGACAUCAUUAUUGCCUUGAUUUUGAAUGAUAUUAACCCCCUGGGCAGAAAACGAAUGGACCUUGUUCUGGAACUAAAGAAUAAUGCAUCUAAGCUGCUACUGGCCAUCAUGGAGAGUCGCCAUGACAGCGAGAACGCUGAAAGAAUCCUGUACAACAUGAGACCCAAAGAACUGGUGGAGGUGAUGAAAAUGGCCUACCAGCAGGGGGAGACUGAGUUUGAGGAGGAAGAACAGGAGAAUGGAGAAGACCAUGCUGCCUCACCCCGCAACGUUGGACAUAACAUUUAUAUCCUUGCACAUCAGCUGUCCCGUCACAAUAAGGAGUUGCAAUUACUACUGAAACCAAGCGGAGAGGACCAGGCCCUGGAAUAUUACACUAAACACACAGCACAAAUAGAGAUAGUCCGCCAGGAUCGCACUAUGGAGCAGAUAGUGUUUCCUGUUCCAAACAUCUGCUCAUUUCUGACCAACGAGUCUAAGCUGCGUGUGUAUUACGGCACAGAGAGAGACGAGCAGGGUAGCAAAAUCAAUGAUUUCUUCUUGCAUGCGGACGAUCUCUUCAAUGAGAUGAGAUGGCAAAAGAAACUGAGAGCUCAGCCAGUUCUGUACUGGUGCAGCCGGAACAUGUCAUUCUGGAGUAAUGUUUCUUUUAACCUGGCUGUUCUCAUUAAUCUGUUGGUGGCAUUCUUUUACCCUCUGGAUGGCAUGAACGACAGUCCACUGGAUCCCUCUCUUUCUCUCCUGCUGUGGGUGUGUUUGUUGGGGUCAUUGGGUUUCGUUCUGAUGUCACCGAGGCCAAACGCAGUGAGAGUUCUGGUCAUCUCCAUCGUUCUGCAGCUCGGGUUCUCUGUGGGACUGCAGCAUAUGCUCACGCUUCUGGGAACUUUUAAUGUGUGUAAUAAGAUAGUGUUCAUGGUGAGCUUCGUGGGUAACCGUGGGACAUUUACACGUGGUUACCGGGUAAUGGUGAUGGACAGAGAGUUCCUGUUUCAUCUGCUGUAUCUUCUCAUCUGUACACUUGGACUUUUUGGACACGUCUUCUUUUAUAGUCUACUGUUGUUUGACCUGGUGAACAGGGAGGAGACUCUGUUGAACGUCAUCAAGAGUGUCACUCGAAAUGGCCGUUCCAUCGUGCUGACAGCUGUCCUGGGCCUGAUCCUGGUCUACCUCUUCUCUAUUGUGGGAUAUAUGUUCUUUAAAGAUGACUUUAUUCUGGAAGUAAAUCGCAUCCCAAACAACACCCUGGAGGGGGUUCAUUUAGCUGAGGGGUUCUGCAGUGGAAAAAAUGGAUCAUGUCUAUCUGUGGAUGAUGAUGAAGAUGAUGCAGAGCGUGCGUGUGAUUCUCUAUGGAUGUGUAUGAUUACUGUAUUGAGUCAUGGUCUCAGAAGUGGUGGUGGAGUUGGAGAUGUUCUGCGCAAACCAUCCAAAGAGGAGCAUCUGUUUGCCGCGCGGGUCGUGUACGACCUGCUGUUCUUCUUCCUGGUGAUCAUCAUCGUGUUAAAUCUGAUCUUUGGUGUCAUCAUUGACACGUUCGCUGACCUCAGAAGUGAAAAGCAGAGAAAAGAGGAAGUCCUGAAGACAACAUGCUUUAUCUGCGGUCUGGAGAGAGAUAAGUUUGAUAACAAAACAGUGACAUUUGAGGAGCACAUCAAGGAAGAGCACAACCUGUGGCACUAUCUGUUCUUCAUCGUUCUGGUGCGGGUCAAGGACUCCACGGAAUACACAGGCCCCGAGAGCUACGUUGCUCAGAUGAUCAAGGAGCACAAUCUGGACUGGUUUCCACGUAUGAGAGCCAUGUCACUGGUCAGCAGUGAUGGCGAGGGUGAACAGAACGAACUGCGCAGUCUGCAGGAGAAACUGGAGUCCACAAUGAGACUGGUGUCCAAUCUGACCAAUCAGCUCACUGAACUCAAAGAGCAGAUGACUGAACAGAGGAAACACAAGCAGCGGAUUGGUCUGCUGGGAAACCCAGCCCACCUCAACAUCAAUCCACAACAGCCAGCAUGAGAGGCGACCUCUUAGAACAGACUGAAAUAAUUGAGCAUCAAGCUUGUGUGUGCAGAUUUACAAUGCAAGCUCAUACCAACGCAGCUGUAUAAACGGUGUGCUUAUCAUGAAAGGUAAUACACAGCAUUUGAAGGUUGACUCCCAUGAGAAGUGUAAACAACAGAGUAAGGGUUCUUACUUGGCAAUGUUGGCUGAAGUUUGAAGUAUGACCAGCUGUCGUAUAUCCAGUGCCACAUGGGGGAGUGUUUUGUUUGGUGAUGCUAGAGGCACAGAAAUGACACACACUACCUUAAAUUUGUCAUAAGUGUGCACAUAGGUCACUUAAAGACAUUUGAGCUUUAUUGCUGGCAUGGGUGCUAUACUAUCAUUUUAUUUUUAGACACUGACGUUACACUUCACAUAAAUGUUGCACUGUGUUCGAGUAUUAUAGGAUCGUUUCACAUCGUCAUACUAUCAAGGGUUUGUCAGAAUUGUCCUUUCAGUUUUCUUCCACCUUUUUAUAACUAAUAAUGGACUGUUUUGAGUUUUUUAUAUCAUGUGUGAAAUUUCAAUAUUGUUGCGUGUAUAUUUAUUUGGACUUGCAGAUGUGACUAUUUUAAUAGAUUUUAUUACCAGGAUUGGCAUCCGUGCAUAAGAAUAAAACCUACAUAUUGAAACUUUA